UUUCCGCAGAAAGUGCAAGAUGAAAGCAGAAGGUGUAUGCUUUCUGUCGUAGAAAGCCAUGGGAAUUUUGAAAGUCUCCAGCAUCUUUGAAAAUUGCCAGUUUGUGGCCGAUUUUGCUGCGUCUUUGUCUCUAACGUUCAAAGGGAAGCAAGAGAUUCGACAAAAGAUCGUAGAGAAUGGGGGUACAUUGUCACAUGUGCUAUCGAAACAGACAAACUUUUUGGUGACUGGUGAUUCUGAACGAACUUUGUCAUCAUAUAAGGGAAGAACUGCAGUUAAACUUGGAAUUCCAGUGGUUCCAUUUGAUUUCAUCACUGAAUGCAUCAAGUCUGGAAAACUGGUUGAUCCGCAGCCUUUUGCUUUGUCAAAAACACUUGAAUCACAGAACUUUAGUUCAGGAAAGAUUGUUGCCAAGAGCCAAAGGAAAGACAAUGCAACCAAAGCUACAAAGAAACAAAAACCUCCAGAUCUCAAAAGAAUAAAGGUGUGGUCUUAUAAAGCAGUGGAUGGUCCAGAGUUUGAUGAGCCAAACUGUGAAAUUGUUAAAGAUGCCGUACUAGCGAAAACAAAUCCUGGUGAGGGUCCCCUUUCUCUUUUUUCUGUGGAGUUGCACUUCAUUCCUUCACAUGUACCUUGUAACAGCUCAAGAUACCGCCUAUUUACGCACCAAGGUACCUUGGGAGGAUUCAUCAUGGGAAAUGAUGAAGGAACAAAGGAAUGUAGGUAUUUCAACUCUUCUGAAGAGGCAUUUAGAGCUUUUAUUGCUCUAAUAGAUCAGCAGUAUUCAAAUGGAUACAAGAAAUUAUCAAAAUAUCCAUCACCUGGCAAAAUUGGCUCUGACAAAUUGAAACAGUUGGCAAAGGAUGAAUUGUUUUCACAGGAAGAUUCUACAAUCUCCCCUGAAGUUGCAAACCUCAUUAAUUACAUUUGGAAUGAGGCAGUAGGCAGUCUGGUGGAUAUUCUGGCCAUUCCUCUCAGUUCCAUUAAACUUGAGGAUGUAGAGAAAGCUGAAGCAAUUUUACUUUUAUUGAGAAAAUCAUUAGAUGGUGAUGAAGGGGUCAGCACUAUUCCACAGCUAUCUGAUGAGUUUUUCUCAGCUAUUCCUCAUAAGAACAGGGGAGAAAAUAUAACAUCUAAGCGCCUCAUUGCUCAAAAACAAGACUUGUGUCAACUCAUUAAAGACAUGGUUAGCAUUGGCGAGUCUACAAACUGGAAAACCAGACAAGAUGUGCAUUCAAAGUACAGGGCACUCAAGUCCUAUAUUGAAUGCCUUCACCACGACAGUGAUGAGUUCCAAAAAAUCCAGAAGCUUGUUAAAUCAAGUGAAACAAGCCCUCCAAAGAUUGAUGUUCUCAAUGUAUACUCUAUCCACCGGCCUGUGGAGGAAAGUGCCUUUUCUGGUCACAUUGGAAAUAACACUCUUCUUUUCCACGCAUCGAAGGUGGCAAACUUUGUGGGCAUACUUUCAAGAGGGCUUUUGAUGCCUAAAAUUGUCGUGGAUGACUUCGGUGGACAACGUUCAGACCCAGGAAUGUUAGGAAGCGGAAUAUACUUCGCCAAUUCUGCUAGCACCAGUGCCAAGUACUCCGCGCCUGGAAGCAAGGGAUCAAGGCUCAUGCUUGUGAAUGAGGUCGCCUUGGGAAAAGUCAAGGAGUUCAAGACGUUUGCCAUGGAUUUGACAUCGCCUCCACCAGGUUACAGCAGCUGUCAUGGAAUGAGAAGCACAGAUGAUGGGCCUUCUGACUUUAAGGACGACGAAUUUGCCAUCUACAACGGGAACCAGCAGAAAAUAAGAUAUCUUGUUGAGUUUGUGUUGCCUGGUGAUGUCGAAGUCUCUGAUCGAGAUGAUGUCUCGAUUGAUAGCGGGUUUUUCGAUGAUAGCUCGGAAACUGACACUGAAGACCACCAUGGCAGUGUGGACCUGACGGAUGUAAUGUCAGUUGUGGAUCCUCUGACUAGAGUCGAGGCAGGACUCAAGGGGACUGGAGACAAACCCUUCCCGUUGCAGUCAGUUCAUAUCAGAGCCAGGUUGUUAGAUCUGGCGGCUCAGGUGAUAGUUUUUCAACAGUACAACAAUAACAGCUCGACACCCAUAGAAGCUAAAUACGUUUUCCCUCUGGACGACAUGGCAGCAGUUUCUGGCUUUGAGGCGUUUAUCAAUGGUAAGCAUAUCGUUGGUGAAGUGAAGGAGAAGGAACAAGCGCACAAAGAAUAUAGAGAGGCCAUCAGCAAGGGGCAUGGGGCCUACCUUAUGGACGAGGAGACUCCGGAUGUGUUUACAGUCAGUGUUGGAAACCUUCCUCCCGGCGCGCAAGUGUUAAUCAAGAUAACUUACGUCACCGAACUAACAGUGGACGGCGAACAAAUCUGUUUCUCCCUCCCAGGCUCUGUGGCACCGUGGACACGUGACAAGGCUUUGGAAGAAGUAACUCAGACUGAUGUGGAAACGGUGCGGAUAGGCGACGUGGGACCCAGCGAUCCCGCUUUUGACUUUUCUGUGAAAGUGUCUGUGGAGAUGCCCUUUGAGAUUCGCUCACUUGACUCACCGACGCAUGCGAUGAAAACUAAGCGGACAGCUACCAAGGCAGUGAUAGCACUGGAGCCUGGGCAGUCUCUUGGGGAUGGUUUUCAACUGUUGAUUGGUUUAGCAGAGAUUCACGUACCCCGGAUGUGGGUGGAACGGCACAUUAGCGAUUCUGAUAGUCAGGCCUGUAUGCUCACAUUUUAUCCUGAGUUCGAGGCUGAAAGUCCUUCUGAAGUUGAAGUGAUAUUUUUGCUUGAUCUUUCCUGCUCAAUGAAGGGUUCAAACCUUAACGAUGCCAAAAAGUUACUGCUGAUGUGCCUCAGUCUAAUAAAGGAAGGUUGGAUUUUCAACAUACUCGUGUUUGGAAGCAAACACUCGGAGCUGUUUCUUUACAGCAUCCAAAAAAACAAAGACUCUUUUGAAGAAGCUAAAAAAUUUGUCGAGUCCUUAACCGCCGACAAAGGCAGCACAGAGUUGUGGCGAGUCCUUCAGAAGCUGUACAUGUUACCCACGCUAUCUACCGCUGACCACCCACGUAAUAUUUUCUUAAUCUCGGAUGGUCACGUGACAGAAGAGGAAACCACUCUUAGUUUGAUCCGCAGUCAUUGCCAAAGUGACAGGCUUUUCACCUUUGGUGUGGGUUCCACGGCCAAUCGUUACCUUCUACGAGCAAUGUCCAAAGUCGGAGCUGGUGCCUCAGAGCUCUUUGAUGAUAGUGCCAAAUCUAAAUGGGAAAGAAGGGUAAAGUCGCAGUUGUCCAAAGCUGAGCAACCAGGCCUGACAUCAGUGAGAGUCACCUGGCAGCAGCACGAUUCCGGAUCCAGUCCCCCAGUUCAAGCUCCUCACCAACUCCUGUCGCUGUUCAACGGCUCUAGACAAGUGGUUUAUGGAUUCGUUGAUAACUGCACACAGGCCACCUUGACCGCAGAGGUUAACGGCACGAUGGUUUCAACCAUGGUGUCUACCGCUGACCUAAACAUCACAACGGGCAAAAUUCUUCAUCAGCUGACCGCGCGUGCCGUCAUCAGAGACUGGGACGAAGGUAGCUUGCAUGAGCAGCGCUCUGGGCACGAGAUUGUGAAGAGAGAGAGGAAAGACUACAUCAUUUCCUUGAGCAUGAAGUUCUCCGUUGUAUCCAAGUUCACAAGUUUUGUUGCAGUUGAACACAGAGAAAAGGACGAGAAAUUCGACAAGGGACGGAGACCGAGUAUACUCGAGUUGGUCUCUUUGGAAGAUGUGGACAUAUUGGACUACAUAGCUUGGGAGCAACGACCUGUAGUGGAGAAAAAUCAGGAACUGGCAGUGAAAGUCCUGUCAAACCUGUCCACUUUGAAGGGGGAAGAGGAGAAGGCUCGUCAAAUGAGUUCCAAAAGCAGAGAUUCCUACUUGAGCGAUUCUACAGAAGGCAGUGACUCCUCCGGGGAUAGCGGCGAAAAUGACGAAUGUAUGGAUGAGGUAGAAGAGGAGGAGCCCGAAAUCACUGAAGUGGAGCAACAGGACAUCUUAUUGGGGGACGGCAAAGUGAAAAUGGUGAAUCUUACAGAAAUCAGUGAUGGUGACGAUGAAGUUACUUAUCGUGGCGACGUUUCGAUGGAGGGUGGGAUGGAAUCUCCCGACGUGUUGCGUGUGGAGAAUCAAUCAGCUCUCUACAGGCCUACUUCACCAGGUGACGCGGAUAAGGAAAAAAUACGCUGCAGGGCUUACGAGAGGCCAUCCCCGCCGUUCAUCUCGCCCUUCCCGCGUGUAGCCCGAAGAAGACAGUUUUCAGCUCCUAAACCAGAAGCUGCAGUAAAUGAGAGCAAGAAGACAGAAAAGAAACUGCAAGGAGAGCGAAGCGACGAUGCUUCUUUGGAUGUGAAAUUAGCCGCUUCGUCUGUCUUUAAGGCAGCUCUUCCUACCAAAAAAGCAGCACCCUUUACCUUUGGAGGAGGAAUAGCACAAAGGGCGGAGAUUUCUUCUGGAACAGAUUCCUUUGCAGAAGGAUUUUCUCUGCGUCGGCUAGACCAAAUAUUUGGUUAGCCGGUAAAAAAUGGGGGAUUGUUUGGCAAUACACAAGAAACCAGCCUAUUUUCCCAAUCACUGCCAACUACAGCCGAUCCAGUUACUCGUCCUUUUAGUCUUUAUCAGAAGAAAAAGAAAGCAAUCGAAGAAAUCCCAACAACCACUGAAGGAGAAGACGCCCCCCCAGUCGUUGAAGGACCCUCUGAUUUUGGUUGGCAGACUAUGGGGAUGUCUAAGUCAGCUCAGACAUCUGGUAGUUUUACGUUUGGCCAAUCUCAGCCGCGGCAGCGAAACCCCUUAAAUUAUCCACAAACUGGUGGAUUAUUUGGCAAUUCACAGCAAACCAAAAUGACCGACUCACCUAGCCCUCGGUUCAGAGUAAAGCAAGCAGAUCGUCCGACGAGAGAAGAAGUAUUGCGAGAGAUACCAGUAACUAGAGAAGGAGGUGCAGUACCAUUGAAUGACGAUUCAAUGGUAAAGCAGGACACAUGUCCAGUCCCAGGAGAUCUCCAUCAGCCUCUUCCUCCACCUCCUGCACCACCCGCUUCCCAUGCACCCUUGCGUCUCCCCUACGUGGGACGGACGGUAACACGCUCCGUUUUUGGAGAGGGAGUCCAACGUGAACAGUUGGAUUAUACACGGGAACGACGAGAAAAGCUGAAACGGAUAUUUAAUGCUCAAAAUUCGGAGGGUUUCUGGAAUGUAGAUGACUUGCCUAUCGUUGGUAUAAACACCCGAGCCUUUACUGAUUUGCUGGCAAGUGCUGGUGCCAGGUCUCUUGGUCUUAAAGUUUUUGAAAGUGUGAAAAGACUUCUGGCCACCUUCAUGAUGUUGGCCUUCAUCAAACUGAGGCUUUAUGUCGAGUUUCCACUCACGCUUCCUUUCGGACGACCUGAAUCUGAGUUAACUGUUUCUGGUUUGGGGAAAGAGUAUUCCAAAGACAUUACAAAAGCGCUCAAGUGGAUAAAGAUCCAGGAGAGAAAGAUUCCUCUUCUCUACUCUCGACUGGAAUUUGGAGUCAACUGGGAAGCCGCCACACAAACCAUGGCGCAGAAGAUGAAAAUUUAAAAGGGAAAAACAAAACUAAUAAGUGACAUUAAAAACCCAUUGUUGCAUUUUUAAGCUUCUCCGCACGGAUCCUCUUUAUGUUUGUAAACGGAUAACAUUUUGUUGUUGUUGUUGUUGUUGUUAUUGGCUGCUGCAAUUACUUUGGUUUUGGUUAGACGACAUCCAGUCACAUUGCGCUCUUGUGCAUUGAGUGGGAAACAUUCCAAUAGUAACAGGAGUCUACAUUAGAAACUGUAAAUGCAUCUCUAAGAUUUAACGAACUUGUCUUUCAAUUUGCCCAAGAUUGAUUGAUUUGGGCCAACAAUCUUAACUAGGAUAAAGAUGAAACCCCCUAAACAUAAUGAAGCUAUACUUUAGUUUGCGCAAGAUAUGCGAAAAGACUUUACGAUUUUCAACCUGAUUUUUUUUUUAACAGAUGAGGACAAAAUCGUGUGUGGUUCUAAAUGAAUAUUUCAAUUGGUGAAAUAUAAUUAAAACGGUUGCAUUAUCAAAUAAAUGAUAAUAAAGAUUU